AUGUCCGAAUUGAAAUUGGCCCUUCCUUCAACCCCAAAACAACCUCAAUUGAUCCCUGUGUUAACCUUCAACCUCAAGUUGGCCUCAGAUCCAGUGCCAAUUUUCACAAAUUCACAAAUCGAUAAGACUUUAAAUUUAGCAACAAUUACCCAAGGUGAAGUCAAGACUGUUGCAAACGACCUUGGAUUGAAGUUGGAAAUUGAUCAAAUUUACGGAACUGAUGACUUGAAUAUUAAAAAUUCAGUCAGCACAUCAUACUUGGAUUGCAAGUUAUAUGGAAAGACGCCAAAUGGCUCGGGAGUGUUCAUAUACUAUGGUGGUAGAGUUCAAUUAGAUGCAGCAUCUGUUGGUGUGCUUUCCGGAAAAAACAAAGAAGCAUCGGUUGAAGAAAGCUAUGUCACUUGUAACCCAGUUUUCACCUUUGACGACUCAGUCGAGGAGGAAUACAAGUGGGUUUUGAAAGAGAAUUUGAUUGGCAAGGGAAGGUUUGGUAGAGACAAUAAUGGGGAUCUUUACGUUCAAUACUAUAUCUAUGUCAUCCGUUAA